CCAGUAGGUGGCGGUAUUGUGGCGUAGAUGAUGACGCAUGACAUUUCCAACAUGGCGGCGCCUGUGGUGCACGGAUUCUUUUAGUAAAUAAAAUAUAACCCUCACUUCUGCACAUUUACAUUUGAUCAUACACACUUUAAAAACACCAAACAACGUAAAGUCCAUCUUGCAACCAUGGCAUCGGAGGAUGAAGUGAAUUUGCUGGUUGUUGUAGUUGAUGUAAACCCGAUAUGGUGGGGACAGCAAGCACAACGGGACCCGGAGUUCACACUGUCGAAGUGCAUAGACGCUGUGAUGGUGAUGGGGAACUCUCACAUGGCCAUGAGCAGAACCAACAAACUGUGCGUCAUGGCAAGUCACUGUCAGGACAGCCACUUCUUGUACCCCAGUAAGAGCUGGAGGGGAGGGGACGGCCGAGACGAAGACACCUCGUCCAGUGGAGACGGGAAGUACGAGCUGCUCUCUGUGGCCAACAACCUGAUCGCCGACGAGAUCCGCAACGUCAUGCUCAAAUCUGAAGUAAAAGGAAACUCCACAGACACCAUGCUGGCUGGGUCCCUCGCUAAAGCACUUUGUUAUAUUAACCGAAUGACCAAAGAUAUGGAGGUCGGGCAGGAGAUCAAGUCCAGGAUAUUGGUGAUCAAAGCAGCAGGUGACUGUGCUCUGCAGUACAUGAACUUUAUGAAUGUGAUUUUUGCAGCUCAGAAACAGAACAUUCUGAUUGAUGCGUGUGUGCUUGACUCCGACUCAGGGCUUCUUCAACAGGCCUGUGACAUCACCGGAGGCUUGUACCUUAAGAUCCCUCAGAAAGUGGCUCUGGCUCAGUACCUGCUGUGGGUGUUCCUGCCAGACUCGGAGCAGCGCAGUCAGCUGGUGUUACCUCCUCCAGCUCACGUGGAUUACAGAGCAGCUUGCUUCUGCCACCGCAACCUCAUCGAGAUCGGAUACGUGUGCUCUGUCUGCCUGUCCAUAUUCUGCAACUUCAGCCCCAUCUGCACAACCUGCGAGACAGCGUUCAAGAUCCAACUCCCACAGAUGGUCAAGCCCAAGAAGAAGAAGCUAAAGCCGUCUUGAGGAGGACAUUACUUUUUACUGUCUGUUUUAUUUUGGUAUUUAAAAACUGCAACUGCUACAUUUUUUCAUUAAAAUACAAAAGCUG